CCAAGCAGCCCAGGACCCCAGAAUACAUAGGGUCAGUGACUGUGUUUGCCUCAGACUUGCAAAAGAGUUUGAGCAGUCAUGCAACAGGCCAAAGGACGCAAAGGGGAAAACCAUGCCCAUCCCUCAGUCCAUUGUCAGCGUCUACAGCCACAUCAAACAGCUGCUGGAGGACAGCAUGGUUGUCCUGAACCAGACGAACCUGAGUCUGGUGCCGGUUAACAACACCACAGUAUCUUCAUGGCUGUUUAGGAGGGAUAAGAGGAAGGACAGGAACAUGCAGCUGCAAGGCACUGCACUUCCCAAACAGCUGUACCUGGCCAAGGAGCCUCUUCCUGCAGUGAACACACUUCCAGCUGCCCCUGUGCAACAUGCACAUGAACCUAUGACAUUUGAGGAGCCUGAAAACCAUGAGGGGGAAGCUUUCCCCCACCAGCGCACACUAGUUGUAAGCAAGCCUGUGUUCUCUCCACCAUCUCCACCUCCCCAGUUCCCUCCACAAUUUGGGCCAGCUCCUCCGUUCCAGCAAACUCCUCAGUUGCAGCAUGCGCCUCCAUUUCCACAUGCUUCUCCAUUUCUGCAUGCUCCUCCAUAUCCCCAUGCACCUCCCUAUACACAUGCACCUCCAUAUCCCCAUGCACCUCCAUAUCCCCAUUCACCUCCAUAUCCCCAUGCACCUCCAUAUCCCCAUGCACCUCCAUAUCCCCAUGCUCCUCCAUAUCCGCAUGCUCCUCCAUAUCCGCAUGCUCCUCCAUUUCCGCAUGCUCCUCCAUAUCCACAUGCUCCUCCAUAUCCACAAGCUUCUCCAUUGCAGCAAGCUCCUACAGAGUGCCUUCCAUCCCAGCCAAGGCAACUAGCCUGGAGGCUGAAAAAAGCUGCCCAGGAGGAUGAGGAGCUAGUGUCAAGGGGGGAAACACCACGGAAGAGGCUAACAAAAGAAAAGUAUCACUACACCUGCAAGUUGUGUGGCCAGGUAAAAAAUAAAACAACUGGACACACCCAGCUGAAGGGGCGGUGGUACUGUCCAGCCUCAGGACUGACCCUGGAUGACUGGAAGGAGAGUGUUUAGUUUCUGUCACCAUUACAUGUCUUUCUCUAUGUUGUUUGUCUGUUAUAAUAAAGUUUAAUCAUUUUAUUGGAGCCAAGAAAA